CAUCACAGCCGGCGCGGUGCAGUUCGGUCUGCCCUCCCCUAAAAAAUUCUCUCUCUACAAAUUUUCUCACUCAUCGUCGACUAUUUAUCCGUCCGGAUCUCCGACGAUUUAUCCCCAUUCUACCCUUCCCUCUCCUCCCUUAUCUCCAAAAAACCGAAAAACACAACUACAAAAAUCCACUCCGUUUCAGUUUCAGUCCUUAUAGUCCGAUCGGUUUCGAAAGUGUAUCAGUAAUUUCUUUGUUGUUAUCUAUCUAGGGUUUCGUUUCAAUAACAAGAGGAGAGGGAAGAAUCUGGAAAAAAAAAGUGAAAAAAAAGUGAAGAUUUGAAAGUCAGUUUUGGAAGAAAUGGCACAGAUUCAGGUUCAACAUCAGAGUCCGAAUGGCGUGGCGGCAAACGCCGGUGGGGCGAACCAGCUCGUGACCACGUCUCUCUAUGUCGGAGACCUUGACUUCAAUGUCACCGACUCGCAGCUCUAUGAUCUAUUCAAUCAAGUUGGCCAGGUUGUUUCGGUUAGGGUUUGCAGGGACUUGAGCACUCGCAGAUCUCUCGGUUACGGCUACGUCAACUACAGCAAUCCUCAAGAUGCUGCAAGGGCAAUAGAUUUACUUAAUUUUACUCCCCUCAAUGGCAAAUCAAUCAGAAUUAUGUAUUCUCAUCGCGACCCCAGUAUCCGUAAGAGUGGUACUGCAAAUAUUUUUAUCAAGAAUCUGGACAAGGCAAUUGACAACAAGGCUUUACACGACACAUUUUCUAGCUUCGGCAACAUCCUUUCUUGCAAGAUAGCUACUGAUCCUUCUGGCCAGUCCAAAGGCUAUGGUUUUGUACAAUUUGACAAUGAAGAUUCUGCUCAAGGUGCAAUUGAUAAGUUAAAUGGCAUGCUUAUCAAUGAUAAACAAGUGUAUGUUGGACAUUUUCUUCGUAAGCAGGAAAGAGACACCGUUAUGAAUAAGACAAAAUUCAAUAACGUGUACGUGAAAAAUCUCGCAGAAUCAACAGCAGAAGAGGAUCUGAAGAACACUUUUGGUGAAUAUGGAACAAUUACCAGUGUGGUAGUGAUGAGGGAUGCUGAUGGAAAAUCCAAGUGUUUCGGAUUUGUAAACUUUGAGAAUGCAGAUGAUGCUGCCAAUGCUGUUGAGGCUCUAAAUGGAAAGAAAUUUGAUGACAAGGAGUGGUAUGUUGGGAAAGCCCAGAAGAAAUCUGAAAGAGAGCUCGAACUGAAAAGUCGUUUUGAGCAGACUGCAAAGGAAGCAGUUGAUAAAUUUCAAGGGGUGAAUUUGUAUAUCAAAAACUUGGAUGACAGCAUUGAUGAUGAUAAAUUAAAGGAAUUAUUCUCAGAGUUUGGUACAAUUACUUCAUGCAAGGUUAUGCGUGACCCUAGUGGAGUUAGCAGAGGAUCAGGAUUUGUUGCCUUCUCGACACCUGAAGAAGCAUCUCGAGCUCUUGCUGAGAUGAAUGGUAAAAUGAUUGUCAGUAAACCCCUCUAUGUUGCACUUGCACAGCGAAAAGAAGAGAGGAGAGCAAGGCUGCAGGCGCAAUUUUCGCAAAUGAGGCCAGUUGCAAUGGCACCUUCAAUUGCUCCUCGAAUGCCAAUGUAUCCUCCUGGUGCUCCAGGGCUUGGUCAACAAUUAUUUUAUGGGCAAGCCCCCCCAGCUAUAAUUCCUCAGGCUGGAUUUGGUUACCAGCAGCAGCUUGUACCUGGAAUGAGGCCAGGUGGGCCUCCUAUGCCAAAUUUCUUUGUGCCAGUUGUUCAGCAGGGUCAACAGGGGCAGCGCCCUGGUGGGAGACGUGGAGCUGGUCCCAUGCAGCAAACCCAGCAGCCUGUUCCAAUGAUGCAACAGCAGAUGCUUCCUCGGGGACGCGUCUAUCGAUAUCCACCUGGCCGCAACAUGCCAGAUGUCCCGAUGCCUGGCGUUGGAGGCAUGCUUUCUGUUCCAUAUGACAUGGGUGGCAUGCUACCUCGAGAUGCUUCGAUGGGACAGCCUAUGCCAGUUCCGGCUUUGGCGACUGCCCUUGCAAAUGCACCUCCUGAUCAGCAGAGGACGAUGCUAGGCGAAAACUUGUACCCCCUGGUGGAUCAGCUGGAGCAUGAGCACGCGGCCAAGGUAACAGGCAUGCUUCUGGAAAUGGACCAGACAGAGGUUUUGCAUUUGCUUGAAUCACCAGAUGCUUUGAAGGCAAAAGUUGCAGAGGCAAUGGAGGUCUUGAGGAACGUUGCUCAGCAGCAAGCAAACAGUCCAGCCGACCAACUGGCGUCUCUGUCCCUGAAUGACAACCUAAUUUCCUGAGCGAGUUUGAUUCAAAUUUGUGUGCGUGUCGUCGUGUUGCAAUCUAUACCAAGUUUCUUCUGGUAGUGAAGGCAUGAUUUUGUUUUGGUAUUUGGAGUUGAUUUUAGCGUUAUGUAGGUUACUGAAAGCAUAUUUUGACUUCCCAAUCUUUUAUUUUAUUCUUUGUGAGGAUUGCUGAGAUUCCAUGAACUUGUUAUGGUUUUAUUGGUGUGAAAGACUUCAUCAUAUGAGGAUAUGCUUGUGAGGACAUUUUUAUUUUUUUAUGAGCAAUGUGCUGCUCUCUUUUUGUUA